AUGUCAAUCCUUAACAGACCUUUCGAAGCUUUAGCCGCCACGGCCGGAGCUUCCCCUGACGAGUUGAAACUCAUCUUCUCGUUCUUGUUGUCGUAUCCACUCGCCGGUCUUCUAAAACGAGUACCUGAUUCAAAGCCAUGGCUGAAGAAUGUUUUUAUUGUCAGUACUGCCGCGUUCUAUCUUGUCGGUCUUUUUGACUUCUGGGACGGCAUCCGAACCCUCGCCAUCAGCGCUGGUGGCACGUACGCUAUCGCCAAGUACCUAAAGACUAGCCCCUACAUGCCAUGGGUUGGAUUUGUUUUCCUGAUGGGACACAUGUCUAUCAGCCAUAUUCACCGCCAAAUUGCCGCCACCCCCAGCGUGGUUGACAUUACUGGCGCCCAGAUGGUUUUAGUAAUGAAACUCAACUCCUUUUGUUGGAACAUUGCAGAUGGCCAAGUCGCUGCCGAACAGCUUUCAGAUUCACAACGCGACCGAUCUCUUAAAGAGCUUCCCGCCUUACUUGACUACACUGCUUACAUCCUAUUCUUCCCAUCUCUUUUUGCUGGUCCGGCUUUUGACUUUGUCGACUACCAACGAUGGAUCGAUACCUCCAUGUUCGACGUUCCCAGCGGCGUCGAUCCUUCUAAGAAGCCGCCUGUUCGCAAGAAGCGCAAGAUUCCACGCAGCGGUACCCCAGCAAUGAUCAAAGCGGCCGCUGGCUUGGCUUGGCUUGGGCUAUUCAUGGCUCUUUCGCCGCAUUUUAGCUUUGAGGAGCUCACAUCUGAUAGCUACUUGGACUACGGCUUUAUUCGCCGCGUCUGGAUCAUGUACAUGGUUGGCGUUGUAACACGUCUUAAGUACUAUGGUGUCUGGACACUGACAGAAGGAGCGUGCAUUCUCGCAGGUCUUGGCUAUAACGGAGUUGACCCUGUCACCGGAAAGGUCUCCUGGAACCGCCUUCAGAACAUUGAUCCGUUUAUGGUUGAAUUCGCUCAGAACCCGCGGGCCUAUCUUGGUGGUUGGAACAUGAAUACUAACCAUUGGUUGAGGAACUACAUCUAUCUUCGUGUUACACCCCGUGGAAAGAAACCUGGGUUCCGGGCGAGCAUGUUUACGUUUGUGACGAGCGCUCUUUGGCAUGGCUUCUAUCCCGGCUACUAUCUUACCUUCAUGCUGGCUAGUCUCGUUCAAACUGCUGCAAAGCACUUUCGACGACAUGUCCGCCCGUUCUUCCUUGACCCUGUUACCGGUAAACCUUCCUCGCGCAAGAGGUAUUACGACUUUGUCAGCUAUGUGGUGACUCAGAUCACCUUUUGCUUCGUCACAGCACCAUUUCUGGUUUUGACCUUCAGAGGCUCGAUUCUGGCCUGGUCGCGUGUUUAUUUUUACGCUGUCGUUUGGACGGUGGCUGCGUUGGGGUUCUUUUCUUCACCUGGUAAAAAGGCUUUGACUAAGCAGCUCGAAAACUACCAAGGAAAAGCCAAUGUCAAACUCGUCAGAACAGUAAGCACCGAGAGCUUGACUGGCGGUCACCCUAUUUUGGGUAUAUCCAAGGACCCCGAGCGUGACAUCACCGAGGCUGUGGAAGAGCUACGGGCUGAGGUAGAAGCCCUUCAGCGUGGCCCAGGUGGCAAAAAGGAGGACUAG